AUGAAGCACCUCUUGGUUACCGCCCUCCUUGCGGCUGGCGCUCUCGCCGUGCCCGCUGGCAAAUCCUGCCCUUCUCCGAGUAGCGAGUACCCUCCACCAUCUUACGCGACGCCUACUCCUACUACUUCUUACCCGUCUCCGUCUCCCAGCAAUGGAGGCGGCAAAUAUCCUCCGCCUCCGCCCCCCUCUUACUCUACUCUUCCUCACAACGGAGGUGGUGAAGGUAACGGCGGUAACGGUGGUAAUGGUGGAAACAACGGCGGCGGAAAUGGCGGCAACGGUGGUGGAAACGGCGGCGACGGGGGAAAUAACGGUGGUGGAAACAAUGGCGGUGGAAACAAUGGCGAUGGAAACAACGGCGGAGGAGGCAACGGCAACGGCAACGGUGGCGAUGAAUACGAAUGUCCAAAGAGCCUUUUCUCCAAUCUUCAGUGCUGCAGCACAGACGUUCUCGGUCUUGCUGAUCUCGACUGCAAAACACCCAGUAAUACGCCGGCCAAUGGAGACGACUUCCAAGCUAUAUGCGCGAGAGACGGCAGGCAGCCCAAGUGCUGUGUCCUCCCAAUUCUUGGCCAGAGCCUCCUCUGUCAAGACGCCCCUGGCACAGCGUAA